AUGCAUCCACAAGAACCAUUGUCUAGAGACGAUUCGGACUUGGAGAGAGAAUGGGACGAAUGUAUCGAGGGCAUGUUAAACAAGCGUGAUGCCGAACACUCGCUUGUCAUCGUCACCAUGAACUUGCGAAGGUAUGCAUCUGUGCCACGUGAUUGGCAGGCAGUACAUCGAGAGCUAUCAAGGAUUUUGGUUGAUGCUCCGGAUGUUGUGUGUCUGCAAGAAGGGCUUGAGGGCAUGGAUAUUUUGUCGCAGGUUGGCUACAAGCGAAUUGCGUCCUCUGUUCUGCGCGCGCAAGCGCUGCGAGAUGCAGUCUAUGGAUCAACCGUCGAGCUGAAUACUUGCAGUGGCUCGUACCAUGGAAGACUGCUAGUCAAUGAGCUGUACAUUAAGGCAGCUGGAUCCAACUGGGAGGCGAUAGAUAGUGGCGCAGCACAAAUCUCGUCAGACUUGAUGCUGGACAUUGAAGGACAUGGAGAAAGAUCACAGGGUGGACCCUGGCCUUUGGCUACUCGCUGCGUUGUGUGGACAAAGCUUCGUCAUCGGCACAACCCUGCUGGGCCAUUUGCCUAUGUACUGAAUACGCAGCUCUCUGGAGGGCGUGUCGAAGAUCCACACUUCAUUGCGCUUGCAGAGGCAAUAGCUGGCCUUGAACCCUCUGUUUUAAAGCAGCGCUUGUGGCUUUGCAAACCUACCUGA